CGGAUGAACUACAUUACCCAGAAGGCUUCUCGCUUCGCUGCUCCCUGCGCUGCUUGCACCCUUUGGACUUUUGCAGGCUGCGAAAGAAAAGUGCCAGCGGAGAGAAGGGGGCGAGGACUGCUGCCCCGGACAGGAGCGCUCCUUGUCGGCGCCGGGUGGCCCCGCAUGGCGGCGCGGAUCCGCGUCCUGCCUUCCCCCACGUGCCUGUACGACGAGCCCGUCCGAGUGACGAUCGAGGGCCUCCCGCCGCUGCGGGAGGUGACGGUGCGAGCCUGGCUGGAAGAUGAGAGCGGCGAGCGGUUCCAGUCCACGGCGUACUACCGAGCCGGCGGCCAGGGCGAGCUGGACCUCAGCCGCUGCGCCGCGCUGGCCGGCGGGAGCUACGAGGGCCUGGAGCCCAUGAUUUCCUGCAUGUUGUAUAAUUGCAGCCGGCUCCUGGGCAGCUGCCGCAGCGAGCGGUGGUUCCUGGCCGAGGGCGUGAGGCGGGUGGCCGUGCGGGAGGGCCGGCUCAGGGCCACCCUCUUUCUGCCCCCCGGCCCUGGACCAUUCCCGGGACUCAUCGACCUGUAUGGAUCUAGUGGGGGGCUGGUGGAAUACAGAGCAAGUCUUUUGGCCAGCCGAGGUUUUGUGACGCUGGCCGUUGCUUACUUAGCCUUUGAGGAUCUCCCUGCUCUGCCAGAGGUCAUUGAACUGGAUUAUUUUGGUGAGGCGGUAGAGUUCCUGCAGAAACAGAAGCAGGUGAAAUCUACAGGGAUUGGAGUUCUUGGACUCUCUAAAGGUGCAGAUCUGGCCAUCGCGCUGGCCACUUUUUCACCUGCUGUCCGAGCAGCUGUUUGCAUUUCUGGCUCAGGUGUUAAUUCUUUUAUCCCCCUGCAAGUGAAGGGGCUCACUAUUCCUCUUCAUCCCUAUGACCUGAGGAAAUGCAAGACCAUUGGUGACUCUGGAAUUCUGGAUUUCUCAGAAAUCUUGGAUGACCCCAGAGAUCCAUCAACCUGGCCAUGCCGCAUCCCUGUGGAGAAAUCUCUGAGCAAGUUCCUCUUCUUAUCAGGACAAGAUGACAGAAACUUGCAAAGUGAGCUGUUCUGCCGGGAAGUUGUCCAGCGUCUUAGGGAGAGUGGACAUCAUGUGGAGUUCUGCUCCUACCCUGGGGCUGGGCACCUCCUGGAGCCACCCUACUUGCCACUGUGCCAGGUUUCCAUUUACAGGCCAUUACAAACACCUGUGCUUUGGGGAGGAGAAUGGAGAGAACAUGCAAAGGCUCAGGAAGAUGUAUGGCAAAAGAUACUGGCCUUUUUCAGGCAACAUUUGUCAGAUCCUACUAUAAAAAGUCAAUUAUAGAUUACAGCUUUGCAUGGGUGAAAAGGAAUUGUGUGUGGAUCUAAUAGUGUGUACUGUCCUAGGAAGUCAGGAAAAGGUAGCAGAAUAAAAGCUAGGAUGAUAGCUUCUACAAAUGCAUACCAUGUUAAGUCUUUCUGGGUAUGCUAAUAAGGUACAGCGGAUCUCAGCUAGAGGGUUAGCAAAAUCGCUGUGCUAGUUGGGAGAUUUGGAGAGUUGUAGCCAAAAAAAGUGCCUUUGCCAGCUCUCUGGUAAACAUUUUAUCCUAACAAUGAUUCCAUAUGGAUGGUCUUGAGCACCUUAUCAGGGUUUAAAUGUAAUAUAUUGUAUCUACCUCUCUCAAGUUAUGAAUAAAUAUAUUAGUACAUGUCAAUGGCCAAAAUCCUGUUGCUUAAUAUAGUAACUUGCAACUAAAGUAAGUCCAUUUGAAUCAAUGGAACUUGAGGA